CGGUAACGAGACUGCGCAAUAAACAUGGGGAGUUAACGUAGUGACAGCCUAACCGACGUUUAUGUCAUUUUUUAUAUUUUGUUCAUUCCUUGUAUCCUGUGCUCUACAGACAGCCGAUUUAGAAGUAUUUGUUUUUGGAAGCCAUGCGGCGGAGCAAGGCUGAAGUGGACCGCUACGUUUCCUCGGUACAGAGUUCCUCUCCCUCACUCAAAGAGAAGCCAGUCAAAGGGUUUUUAUUUGCUAAAUUGUACUUUGAAGCAAAGGAAUAUGAUCUUGCAAAACGACAUGUAUCUGAGUAUCUCAAAGUGCAGGAGAGAGAUCCGAAAGCACACAAAUUCCUUGGACAGCUUUACGAGACAGAGGGAGACAUCAACAAGGCAGUAGGAUGUUACAAGCGGUCAGUGGACUUGAACCCAGCCCAGAGGGACCUGGUGCUGAAGGUGGCUGAGUUACUGGUCAGUAAGGAGGAAUGUGACAGCAGAGCAGAGUUUUGGGUGGAGAAAGCUGCCAAGCUGCUGCCAGGAAACCCUGCAGUCUUCAACCUGAAGGAGCGUUUGUUGAGUCGUCAGGGUCAGCCAGGUUGGAACCGGCUGUUUGACCUCCUACAGGCCGAGCUGGCAACGAGGCCGGCUGACGCUCACGUGAACGUGAAGUUGGUUCAGCUGUUCUGUCAGGACGGGCGGCUGGAUGAAGCCGUUAAGCAUUGCCUGGCUGCUGAGAAAAGGGGCAUGCUGAGCCACAGUCUGGACUGGUACACAGUGGUGUUACACACUUUGCAGGAGUAUCUAGCUCAGCCCAGCGUCUCUAGUAAUGAGAAGAUGUGUCGUCGUCUCCAGAGAGAGCUGCUAUUGGCUCACUGCAGCCUGCUGAGAAUCACACUGUCUGAGAGCAACGUGCAGCCCAGCCUCGAUGCCCUCGCAGGUUUUGACCGAGCUAUGCAGACGCUGAGCGGCGUUGCUGGCCGCCACACAGAUGAUCUAUGCGAAGUGUUUGUGGAGAUGAGAGGUCACCUCUACCUGCAUGCUGCCACACUGCUGUUGAAGCUGGCUCAGGAUCGCCAACAGACCUGGAGGGCUGUCAUUGACCUGGCUGCACUAUGCUACCUGCUGGCGUACCAGGUCCCCAGACCAAAGGCUAAAGUGACCAAAAGAGACCAGUCAGCCCCACAGCUUCUGGAGCUGCUGGCCAAUGACCGACAGAGUCAGGCCGGCCACAUGUUGCUAAAUCUGAGCACUGAUUCAUCCACCUUGAUCAGAGAGGUGGUGGAGGCGUUUGGGAACCGUAGCGGGCAGGACUCUCUGUUUGAACUCCUGUUUGGACCACAGGCCUCCAUUAGUUCUUCCUUUAUUGCCAAUGAUGACAUUCGUUCCAUUAACACCAUGGCUCCAGAUCUCUCUCAGCUGGCCAAAUGGGACGCUGGUUCCAUCCUGCUGCAUAGUGGUGACUUGCAACACCUAAGCUGGUUGGGGCUACAGUGGACCCUUCUGGCCCAAAGACCGGCCCUGCGGAACUGGUUACAGCAGCUCUUUCCAAGGCUCACUCUGGAAACCUCCAAACUGGACACCAACGCGCCAGAGUCCAUCUGCCUGUUAGACCUGGAGGUGUUCUUAUAUGGAGUGGUGUUCUGUAGCCACUGUCAGCUCCAGGAGACUGCGAAGAUCAGCAGUGGAGUGAAUCAGCAGCAACAGCAGCAGCUUUAUGAGCCUCGCUGCCUCCCCCUCCCCCUCCUUCGCCUCUUGACCACUGACAGACAGAGGGAGUGGUGGGACGCCGUCUACAGCCUCAUUCACAAACGAGCAGCUCCUGGCAUGUCAGCUAAACUGCGGAUGAUUGUGCAGCAUGGACUGAACACUCUGAGGGCCAGAGAGAAGCAUGGGCUCCAACCAGCACUGGCCAUCUACUGGGCUCAGUGUCUCUGCCAGACGGGUGAUGGAGUGCACUCGUACUACGAUCAGAAGGAGUACAUCGGCCGCAGCGUCCACUACUGGGAAGUUGCACUUCCACUUUUGGAAAAGAUCAAGAACCGACGCAGUAUACCUGAACCCCUUGAACCCCUCUUCAUACACUUUCCCUCCAAAGAUAUUCAGAUUUCUUCUGUUAGGGGUUAUGAACAGGAAGCCAAGAUAGCAUACGCGGCUCUCCUCGACAUCGAAGGCAAGACAGAGGAGGCCAUUGCUACCUUGGAAACCAUCAAUAACAUGUCAUCCAUCUGGCAAUUGGCACAGAUCUAUCAGCGGCUAUCAGAGGAGGCCAGCAACGGGCUUGAGGAGACCCAAGAUAGGUGCAUCACUUUUCUGAGAAAGUUCCGGACCUACUUGUCAAAAAUCUACAAUGCUAAUGCAGAUGAAAUUGAGAAGCUGCCUGUUUCCAUGGAGGAGGUUGUGGACCUCCUGAACGAUGUGAACCAGCAGCUCGGGGACAGUGGGGAGGCCAUGGAUGAAGAGGAGGAGAAGGAGGAGGCGGGGGGUCGAAGAGGACCAACCCACUCCAGCCCUGCUCAUCCCACAGAAAUCUCUGCCACCAUAUCCCACAUAAAGUUUUCCACUCCCUCUCCUAACAAAAGCAUCGUCUCUCCUUCCAAAAGACACCUGAUUUCUCCCAAGACACCGCCUCAUUGGGUGGAGGACCAGAAAAGUCUCCUCCAGAUGCUGUGUCAGCAAGUUGAAGCCCUGAAGAAUGAGGUCCAUGAUCUGAGACACAACUCUUCAGGGACAGCAGGUUCCCCUCAUCACAAGAUGUAUGGGGAGAGCUACGGGGCUGAGGGCCUACAGGAGCCUUUUACCCCAGUCCAGUCCUACCAUGGGGCCCCACUAACAGUUGCCACCACAGGCCCCUCUGUGUAUUACAACCAGUCUCCAGCUUAUAACUCUCAGUAUCUCCUGCGCACAGCAGCAAACGUGACCCCCACCAAGGGUCCAAUGUAUGGUAUGAACCGUAUGCCGCCUCAGCAGCAUAUGUAUGCCUACCAGCAGCCCACUCAUACACCUCCAUUGCAGACAGCCCCAGCCUGCAUUUACCCUCCUCAAGAGCAGGUCUUUGGUGCCCCUCUUCGGUUUGAAUCGCCAGCCACAAGCCUUCUUUCCCCUUACAGUGAAGAAUACUAUGGCCAGAGUGUAACCCACCAAACCACUAACCCUCCACUGCCUGAACCUGGCUACUUCACCAAGCCAGCUGUAAUCCCUGUUCAGCCUCCAAAGAGCAUAGAGGGAAAGCCUAUGGACUUUGGGAAACUCUCCUUCAGUCAGCAGGCACCUGCUGAAGUCCCAAAAGUGCCUAGCUUUGGAGCAGGGGCAGUUGCCCAGUCAACGCCUUCAGCUGCUUUUAAAUUCAACUCAAACUUUAAAUCCAACGAUGGAGAUUUCACUUUCUCAGCUUCCCAGGCCAAGCACAGUGAAAGUCUGCUUGGUCUUCUUACGUCAGACAUGCCCACUAAAACAGAGGUAUUGGAAACCUCAGAGAAGCCUUCAGCCCAUGAGCAGCCCCCCAGUCAAACCGGCAUCUUCACCUUCGGCAAUAAAAAUGUUACUGGCUUCUCCUUUGUUGAUUCUCCGCAAAGCACAGGCACUGGAAGUCUGUUUAGCAAGGUGGACCAGCCAUUUAAAUUUGGAGAUGUUAUCAAGCCAGUGUUUGGGGUUGUCCAGUCUGCAGCAGAAGAGGAAAGAGCAGCGGAGAGCGACAAUGACAGCACUCAUGUUGAGGAGGAUGAGGAUGGUCCACACUUUGAACCCAUUGUCCCUCUUCCUGAUAAAGUAGAUGUGAAAACAGGUGAGGAGGAAGAGGAGGAAAUGUUUUGCAACAGGGCAAAGCUAUAUCGAUUUGACACAGAGACAAAAGAGUGGAAGGAACGGGGCAUUGGCAAUGUUAAAAUCCUGAAACACAGCACUAAAGGGAAGGUCCGCCUCCUAAUGAGAAGGGAACAGGUCCUUAAGAUCUGUGCAAACCACUACAUCAAUGCGGAUAUGCUGUUGAAACCCAACGCUGGCUCUGACAAAUCCUGGGUCUGGAACGCCAUUGAUUAUGCAGAUGAAGAGCCUAAGCCCGAACAGCUGGCCAUCCGCUUCAAAACUGUAGAUGAAGCGUCACUUUUCAAAGCUAAAUUUGAGGAAGCCCAGAAAAUUGUGCUCAAAUCAUCAGAAAAGCACGGUCAGCCCGAUGAGAAUAAAAAGGAAAGCUCAAAAGAUUCUGAUUCGCUGGUAGCCCAGUUUGGUCUUAAAGAAGGGGAAUGGGACUGCACUGUAUGCUGUGUAAGAAAUAAACCCAAGGAAAUGCGAUGUGUCGCUUGUCAAAGUGCCAAUCCCAAUUCUUCAUUCAAGCCAGACAUUCAGUCUGCUAGUGAACCCAAAGCCGGUCCCUUCACUUUCAAGUUUGGGACUGAUUCAUCAAAACCCAGCAGUUCUGGCUCUACAUUUACUGGAUUUGGUGCUUUUGGAGCGUCUAUACCCUCCUCAUUUACGUUUGGUACCAGCACCUCAAAACCCGCUGACACAGUAAUAAGCUCGUUUGGUUCUGGCUUUGGAGCUCAGUUUAGUAAGAAGCCAGGGCAAUGGGACUGUGACAUAUGCAAAGUAAGAAAUGAAGCCUCUGCAGACAGUUGUAUUUCUUGUAAAGCUCUGAAAGCCUUACCUAAAACAACUGCAACAGUACAAACCGCACCAGCUGCAGAUGCUCCUGCAGCACCGCCCUCUAUAUCUGCUAUGGGUUCUGGCUUUGGAGCUCAGUUUAGCAAGAAGCCUGGACAGUGGGACUGUGACAUAUGCGAAGUAAGAAAUGAAGCCUCUACAGACAAGUGUAUUUCUUGUAAAGCUCUUAAAGCCUUACCUAAAACAACUGCAACAGCACAAACCGCACCAGCUGCAGAUGCACCGGCAGUGCAGCCCUCUGGAUCUGCUGUUGGCUCUGGGUUCGGUGCCCAGUUUAGCAAGAAACCUGGGCAGUGGGACUGUGAUGUAUGCGAAGUAAGAAAUGAAGCCUCUACAGACAAGUGUGUCGCAUGUAAAAGCCCCAACCCUGCUGCUAAAUCAACAGGGCCAUCACAUCUGCCAGCAGUGUCAGGAUUUGGGGCUGAUUUAGCAAAAUAUGAUGGGCAGUGGGACUGCGAUGAAUGCUUGGUCAGAAAUGAUGCAUCAGCUGCUGAAUGUGUUUCCUGCCAUGCCCCACACAAAGCUGGCUCUUUAGAAGUCAUGUUUGGAAAGAAGCAUGGGGAAUGGGAUUGUGACACCUGUCUGGUGAGAAAUGAUGCCUCUGCCAAUAAGUGUGUGGCCUGUCAGACACCAAAUCCAAAUGCUAAAAGCACAACAAGCACUGCUCCCUCUGCCUCCACGUUCAGCUUCAGCUUUGGAACCAAGAGUUCAUCAAACCAGCCUGCUGGAACUGGAUUUACAAUGCCUUUUGAAACUGGCAGUACCUUCCAGUUUGGUCAAAACAAAGAAGCUAACUCAGUUUCUUCUUUCAAGUUUGAAGUUCCUCAGUCCGGAUCUAGUACCACAACUUCUUCAGGCUUCUCUUUCUCAAUGCCUAAUUCAGCUGGUGGCUUCAAGUUUGGCAUUGAGGAACCUGCAAAAGAAACUUCGUCCGCUGGUGAUCCAACACCUCCAUCAGGGUCAGCCUCCAGUUUCCUGAAAAGCAUAGCUGACAAACACAAGGAGAAAGAAAAUGUAUCUACACCCUCAGUAGGCCAAACAGAGGAAGAUGAAAAUCCAUUAAUUGCUGGAAAAACCAAUGCGUUCAGUUUUGCAGACUUGGCAAAUUCCUCUGGGGGAAACUUCCAGUUUGGCCAGAACAACCCCAGUUUUUCUGGUGCUGGUGAGAAGUUAUUCUCAUCGUUACAAGCAACCCCCACCAAGACAGAUGCCUCAAAUGAGCUGGAUGACGACGACAUGUAUAAAACAGAGGAAAAUGACAAUAUCCAGUUUGAUCCAGUGGUCCAGAUGCCAGAAAAGGUGAACCUGGUGACAGGGGAAGAAGAUGAACAGGUUCUUUAUUCUCAGCGUGUGAAACUGUUCCGAUUUGACGCCAACUCCGGUCAGUGGAAAGAGCGUGGUGUAGGAAUCCUUAAAUUCCUGAAAAACAACAGUAAUGGCAGACUAAGGGUGCUGAUGAGAAGAGAGCAAGUCCUGAAGGUGUGUGCCAACCACUGGAUCACCACCACCAUGAAUCUUAAGCCCUUGUCAGGCUCAGACAAAGCAUGGAUGUGGUUAGCCAAUGACUUCUCUGAUGGCGAUGCUAAAACUGAACAGUUGGCUGCUAAGUUCAAAAACCCAGAGCUUGCUGGGGAGUUUAAGGAGAAGUUUGAAGAGUGUCAGAGACUUCUCUUGGACAUCCCCCUACAAACACCCCACAAGCUUGUUGACACAGGCAGAACAGCACGCCUCAUUCAGAAAGCAGAGGAAAUGAAGUCUGGUUUGAAAGACCUGAAGUCCUUCUUGACAGAUGAGAAAACAAAGAUCAAAGAUGACGACAGCCAGGUAGAAAUUACAUCAUCUAGCAAUGUUUCAAGCCUUGUAAACAAGCCUCACGGCGAAACCACCGGCCCCACCUUGGAGUGGGAUAACUACGACCUAAGAGAAGAGGCUUUAGAUGAUACUACUGACUCAUCAGUCUAUGCCUCUCCCCUCGCCAGCAGCCCCCUGAGAAAGAACCUUUUCCGCUUUGGGGAAUCCACUUGUGGGUUCAACUUCAGCUUCCAACCUGGCAUCAGCCCCUCCAAGUCUCCUGCUAAGCUUAACCAGAGCAGAGCCUCAGUGGGUACUGAUGACGAGCAGGAUGUAACCCAGGAGGAGGAGAGGGAUGGCCAGUACUUUGAACCUGUGGUCCCCUUGCCUGAUCUAGUGGAGAUUUCUACAGGAGAGGAAAAUGAACAGGUGGUCUUCAGUCACAGGGCCAAACUGUAUCGCUACGAUAAGGAACUGGCUCAGUGGAAGGAGAGGGGUAUUGGAGACCUCAAGGUCUUGCAGAAUUAUGACACCAAACGAGUGAGGUUGAUAAUGAGGAGAGACCAGGUACUUAAGAUCUGUGCCAACCACUGGAUCACAGUAGCUAUGAAGCUUGAACCUAUGAAGGGCGCAGAGAAGGCCUGGGUCUGGAGUGCCUUGGACUUUGCUGAAGUAGGAGAGGGAAAUAUUGAGCAGUUGGCUGUUAGAUUCAAGCUGCAGGACACUGCAAACACAUUCAAACAGGUCUUUGAAGAGGCCAAGGUUGCACAAGAAAAAGAGGAACUCAUGAUUCCAGUGACAUCCAGGGUUGCCGCACCUCAGGACCGUGGAGCCACAGCAUCUGCAGAGACAUCUGCUACAACUGUGUGUGGGAAGGCAGCAAUCGCUGUUCUGGAAGAGACCACAAAGGAACGCACAGAGCUUUCCCCCGACAAUAAGCCAUGUGCAGCUGGGUCUCCAAGUCCAGUCAACCCCACAAAGACAGUGGUGUCACCCCCUAAGUUUGUCUUUGGGACUGAUAGCGUUCAGAAGUUCUUCGGUUCCCCUAAAUUUCACUCUGAGGCUGAGGAUUCACCAUCCGGCUUGAAAGCCAAAGAUUCUGGACGUCCUGCCAAGGCUUCGCUUGCAGCACCUGCAUUCAAAAUCCCAGAGAAAGGACUGGAUUUUAGGCUUUUCAAAGAUAAUCCAAUGGCCUUUUGGACCAGCACAUCAACCACCCAAUUUGAACCCCCAGGCUCACCUCAGGCAGAAGGAGGCGGUGCAGGGUCGGAUGAGGACUCUGAGGUGGAGGUUGUGUAUGUCAGGGAACCCACCGCUGAACAGGCAGCAUUAGCCAGGAAACUUCUUCUGCCUCCCACCUUUUUCUGUUACCAGAACGAACCAGGCUAUACCAGCGACGAUCAAACGGAUGAUGAAGACUACGAGUCAGCAGUUAAAGCACUGAAUGGAAAGCUUUACCUUGAUCCUCCUGAGAAAAGGGCUGCAGCAUGUGGUGAAGAGCCCGACUGCCAGGUGGUGUGGGAGAAGAAGCCAACGCCAGAGGAGGAGGAGAAGGCCAAAAGCCUCCAGCUGCCACCCACCUUCUUCUGCGGCAUUAGCACCACAGACAGCGAUCCGGACCACGACAAGCCUGAAGACUUUGAGACAGAAGUUCGCAAAGCACAGCAAGACCUGGAUUCCCAGUUAAACCAAGCUGAAAGGGCCUCCAGCCCCCCUGCUGAAGCCCCAGAAGAGCCGACGUCAGGCCCGUCAUCCAGCACCACAGAAGCUGCAGGCAGCACACCAACUCCAGAGGAGCAGACCUCAGACCAGCCUGCAGAGACUCAGAGUGAAGCUCCUAGCAGCAGCUCUCCUAUUGAUCUGUCAACUAAGAAGAGCCCAGAGCCAGAGUCCACUACUUGGAGUGCAGCUGCGGCGUCUACUGCUACAACAGCUAGUCAAGACUCUUCCAACUUCGGCUUCCACUCAUUCGGAGGCUUCUCUUUUGCGGACUUGGCCCAAAAGACAGACGGAUUUGCAUUUGGAGCAAAACAAGACAACUUCUCAUGGGCAAACGCGGGAGCAACGGUAUUUGGGUCCGCAGCGACCUCGGCGCCAAAAAACAACGGCGAUGAGGAAGGCAGUGAUGAAGAGGAUGCUACUAAUAAUGUGGACAUUCACUUUGAGCCAAUAGUGUCACUACCAGAGGUGGAGACAAAGUCUGGAGAGGAGGACGAGGAAAUCCUGUUUAAGGAGCGCGCCAAGCUGUUCCGAUGGGACCGGGACCCCGGCCAGUGGAAGGAGCGUGGCAUCGGUGACCUCAAGAUCCUCUUCCACCCAACCAAACAUUUCUACCGAAUCCUGAUGAGAAGAGAGCAGGUGCUGAGGGUUUGUGCGAACCACACCAUCACAACGACGAUGGAACUUCGUCCCAUGAACACCACACCCAACGCAUUGAUCUGGACUGCCACCGACUACUCAGACGGCGAGGGUGUGGUGGAGCAGCUGGCGGCUAAGUUCAAAACCCCCGAGAUAGCCGAAUCCUUCAAGAAGACCUUCUGCGAGUGUCAGAGCCGCAUAGGCCAGUCAGAGCCGCAGAUGUCCAGAGUUCAAGAGCACUCCAGAGACACUAACCCACAGGUGUUCCUCAAAGUGGCAGCCGACGGCCAACCACUGGGAACCAUCACUAUUGAGCUUUUCCACCAUAUUGUCCCCAAGACAGCGGAAAACUUCAGGGCUCUCUGUACCGGCGAGAAAGGCUUCGGGUUUCGGGACUCCAUCUUCCACAGGGUCAUACCGUCUUUCAUGUGUCAGGCUGGUGACAUCACCAACAGUGAUGGCUCAGGAGGCAAGUCCAUCUACGGCAACAAGUUUGAGGAUGAGAACUUUGACGUUCGGCACACGGGCCCGGGCAUUCUGUCAAUGGCCAAUCGCGGGCGCGACACCAACAACUCGCAGUUCUUCAUCACCCUGAAGAAAGCCGAACACCUGGACUUCAAACACGUGGCUUUCGGCUUUGUUAGGGACGGAAUGGAUGUGGUGCAGCAGAUGGAAGAGCUGGGCACGAAGGGAGGAACGCCCACAAAGAAGCUUGUCAUCACAGACUGUGGACAGCUGUAGCUUUUUAAAUGUUAAGAUCAAGGUUACAGCUUGGUUUAGGUUAUGAAUUUAGGGUUUAAAAAUAAGACUUUGGAUAAUGAUGUGUUCCCUGUGCAGUGCAUACCCUCCUGAUUAAAACUGAAUCCAUGGUCAUUAGGCAUCUGAGAAUUGAAACACUGAUCACAGGACUACUGAUCAAGAUUCAUCAUAGAAAUUUGGCUCCAGUAGCCUGACAUUUAGAGAUUAUUUUUGCUACCUUAUAUCGGUCACAAUGGGGAACCUGCCGUAGUAUAUGGGAGGAGGCAAACAAACUUUUGCUCUGUUGCACUUGCAUCUUUAUCAUCACCUGUGAUUAAAUUCUUAUGUGUUUAUUUUGUGUGUAUAAUUGUACAUGGACUACAUUUUUAAUGUGUUUUUGUUUUGUCUUGCAUGUGCAGAGUUUCGCUGUGCUGGCACCUAUUCGUAAAUUUACUUAUGUAUUCCCCCCCCUCUUUUUUUUUUUUUUUUAUUUGGAAGAAGUCUUAACUAUUAUUGAAAGGUGAGGUUGUUAUUUGUAACCAGCCCCUGCCUUCUCUCCAAACGCUGCGUCUGUGUACUUUUUACUGUCAGGCUCCCCCUGUGAUUUUUCUUUGUGUAACUGGAUUUCACAGUGUGCAGGCAGAUAAUUGGACUUCAUACUUGCCCACAUAAACUCGAGUCAUCUCACUGUGUUGCCCUGUGGACGGAGGGUGGCUAGAUCGUGACUUUACACCUGGUUUGGAUUUUACAGAGGCCAUCUGUUAUAGUUUGUGAAUAUCGGAGUUGAAACGGUGCUUCUUGUACCAAAAUAAUAUGCUGAUAAAGGAGAAAUAAAGUUGCUUUACAAGUAA